GCGCCCUGCGUUCAGCGGAGCGGACAGGCAGACAGCAGACAGCACCAUGACUGCACCCAGCAACACCUACGAUGUGAUCGUGGUCGGCGGAGGAAUAUCUGGUUUGAGUGCAGCGAAGCUUCUGAAAGCUAACGGGUUGAGCCCGGUGGUUCUGGAGGCCAGGGACCGGGUCGGAGGACGCACCUUUACUGUGCAGAAUAAGGAGACAAAGUGGGUGGAUCUGGGCGGGGCUUACAUUGGGCCGACUCAGAACCGCAUCCUCCGACUGGCCAAAGAGUACGGCAUCAAGACCUACAAGGUCAACGAGCAGGAGAGCCUGGUGCAUUACGUCAAUGGCAAGUCUUACCCGUUCAAAGGCUCCUUCCCCCCCAUGUGGAACCCCCUGGUCCUGCUGGACUUCAACAACCUGUGGAGGACCAUGGACCAGAUGGGCCAGGAGAUUCCCAGAGAGGCUCCGUGGAGAGCUCCCCACGCUGAGGAGUGGGACAAGAUGAGCAUGCAGCAGCUCUUUGAGAAGAUCUGCUGGACCAGUACUGUUCGUCGCUUCGCCACCCUGUUUGUCAACGUGAACGUGACCUCUGAACCCCACGAGGUGUCAGCUCUGUGGUUCCUGUGGUACGUGAAGCAGUGCGGAGGAACCAUGAGGAUCUUCUCCACCACUAACGGAGGACAGGAGAGGAAGUUUGCAGGCGGCUCCAGUCAGAUCAGUGAGUGCAUGGCCCGGGAGCUGGGGGAGCGCGUGAAGCUGCAGUCUCCGGUCUACAGGAUCGACCAGACGGGAGACGUGGUGGUGGUGGAGACGCUGGACAGACAGACGUACAAAGCCAAGUACGUGAUUGUGGCUACGCCUCCCGGUCUGAACCUGAAGAUGCACUUUAACCCCGAGCUGCCGCCGCUGAGGAACCAGCUGAUCCACCGCGUCCCCAUGGGCUCCGUCAUCAAGUGCAUGGUCUACUACAAAGAGAACUUCUGGAGGAAAAAGGGUUACUGCGGCAGCAUGGUGAUCGAGGAGGAAGGAGCUCCCAUCAGCCUGACGCUGGACGACACCAAGCCUGACGGGAGUGUUCCCGCCAUCAUGGGAUUCAUUCUUGCCCGUAAGUGCAGAAAGCUAUCAGGGCUGACCAGAGAGGAGAGGCUGAAGAAGAUCUGUGAGAUCUACUCCAGAGUGCUGGGCUCAGACGAGGCUCUGCAUCCGGUUCACUACGAGGAGAAGAACUGGUGUGAAGAGGAGUACUCUGGAGGCUGCUACACCGCCUACUUCCCCCCAGGGAUCCUGACCCAGUACGGCAGGGUCCUCCGGGAGCCGGUCGGCAGGUUGUACUUUGCGGGGACUGAAACGGCCACAGAGUGGAGCGGUUACAUGGAGGGAGCGGUGCAGGCUGGGGAGAGAGCAGCCCGAGAGGUCUUGUGUGCGAUGAAUAAAAUCCACCAGAGUCAGAUCUGGCAGAAGGAGCCUGAGUCUCUGGAGGUCCCGGCUCUCCCCUUCGUCACCAGCUUCUGGGAGAGGAACCUGCCUUCAGUCUGUGGUCUCUUCAGGCUGGUGGGCUUCUCCAGCGUCCUGUCCGUGGCGGCGCUGGCCGGCCUGGUGGCCUACAGGAAGGGCCUGCUGCCCCGGAGCUAAACCGCCCCACCGCCAUCUCACUCCUCUGCACUUCAAGGGGCACAUCGAAACAGACACUGUACUUCUAGCACACUACUUUAUGGCCCAAACUGCAAAGUGGUGAAGUAAAUGUGGGGUCUAGGCCGUAAGGAGAGACUGUUGGGCUCACAGCAAACACUAACGCACCUUCACUCUGUGUCUGGUCACUGAGAGAGAGAGUGAGACUAGCUAACAGUUAGCGGUGAAAGAUAUCAAUCUAAAACAAAUCUGAGAUUCAGAGUGUGAAACCAAUGAAGGAAAACAAGUACAGAAUCAAAUGGAAAUAUAUACAAAUACAUAUAUCACUAUUAAUAGUCCAUACAUUGCCAAUGACAUUCACAUUCUCGAUUACAUGUGAGUUUAUUAACUCAUCAUGCUUUCUGUGUGUGUGCGUGUGUGUGUGUGUGUGUGUGUGUGUGUGUGUGUGUGUCUAAUUACCUCUGCUGAUUUUAGGUGCUAAUUUAUUCUGGCCGAGCAGCUGUAGCUGUUUGAUGAGAUCCAGUAACAUCAGAAUAGAGUUGUGCCAUCGUCUGCUAUGAAAUCACGGAGGAGGCGUUCAGGAACAGGCUGGUCAUCUUCUACAGUUUUCUUUUUGUCAACAAAUCCCACGAAAAGGCAGAUUUUAUCUAUUGCUUUUUAUUAAGUAGCUCAAUAUCUUCUUUCACUGAGCCACAGAGCUCCACUGUUGUCUAAAAACCACCAAAUGCUCGUUACUCCGCAGCGUAAAAUAGUCCCUGUCUGCAGAGUCUCUUUUUUUUAAGGUGUGUUCAGACUGAACGCUUUUCUGGCGUUUUGGUGCAUUCAAAUGCUGUUAAGAUUCAUUUAAACAACAUGUUAAUUCCCUAAAUUCACUCAAAUAUUGCUUUACCUGACUUGUUUUUAGGCUUAAUGCUAAUAAAUAACUUUCUUGACUUGCAACUUUUUUAACUACCAAGUCAUUUUCGCCAACUUUCCAAACUAUUGUUCAAACUUGUGGGCGCGUUCAUAUGAAUUUUUUCGACUAUUGCAACCCUACAUAAAUGCAUAAAUACGAAUGUUCAGUGUGUUUAAUGGUUAUUUGAAAUCUUACAAUCAUCACACUAAUCUCAAAACCUCACCAGGAACUUUCUACACUUCAGCUCCUUUUACUCUUCCAACCUGUUCGUUAUGAAGUCGACUCCUACAAUCUCAAAACUUUUGCUCAGGUUGAAACAAUUUCAACUCGUAUGCACCCAUCAAGUCGAUUCAAUUUAACUUAAAUUGUACUUAUACUUGCAAAAAGUAAUGCCCUAUUAUUCCUAUGAAAGCUGCAUAAAGAAUUAUAUCUACAAUUAUUUUUAUGUGUCAACCUUUUGUGGUUUUAGUAACGAGGAGCAGAGCAGGAUUGGAAGUUAGAUGACUUGGUGUAAAGAGCAACAAAGUGUGCGUAGAGAGGAACCCAAAUACAAAACAGCACUUUGACUGUUUGUGUCCUAUGUGAAAAGUGCAGAAAUUAUCCUAUUUUAACCCGACGAAUUAUCUUUUAACCCUUUAUCAGGCAAAGAACUAUAUUUGGUAACUUCAGGUAAUAUUUCGAGAAAAAAGCUGCAAAUUUACUAGAUUUAAAGUGGCAAAUCUACAAGAAAAAAGUCGCAGAUUUAAGAGAUUUAAAGUGGCAAAUCAGCACGAAAAAAGUUGCAGAUUUACGAGAAAAAAGUGUGAAAAAAGCAACUUUUCUCCCAGAUUCACCACUUUAACUUGACCAAAGCAAGUGGUUCAGUUUCAGUGCAACCAAACUUUUUUAGCAAACUUUUUUGUUCGAUAUCAUCCAAAUGGUUUAAUGAGGAAACAUCAGGGACAAAAAAGAAAUGUGCUCAACAGGUACAAGGAGCAGAUGAGAAACUUCACUGUAGUCAAUUUUAAUUAAACUUUUAAAUACUCACUUGGACACAUCAAGAGCUGAAAACAGUGGCCAACAAAUUCACAUUUUAUUCCUGUUGGAGCUAUAUUUGCUUAAACUGGCUGAAGAAAAAAACCUCAAACUUUAAAAAGAAAACACGACUAUUUUAACUCAUCUUCAGCAGGACCAAACAGACGAGAAAGAGAUGAAUUUAUUGUUAUUUUCAUGGGAUUUGUUGACAGCGUGAAAAAGAAGAAGAGAUGCAUAAGAAGCCUUAUCCUUUAAUUAAAACGUGUGUUUAGGGGGAAUAAUGUGCUACUAAGCUGCUCUGUUAUCUUUGUUUAUGUCAUAGAAGCAUUCGAAUGUAUUUUCUUCAAACUAAAUAACAACAAACUCUUUGCAUUAUUAUUUACGGAUUCAUGACAGAUAUAUUAAUUUAGAUUCAGCGUAGUGCUGUAGCCAACCAAAAACCAUAAACUAACUUUUAUUAAAUGUCCUUUUUGGAAGCCAUCCAGCUGCAAAGAGUCCUGUAGACUUUAUUAUUGCACCUAUCAGAUGAUUUAUUGUGUUGUUUACUUAUGGAGAAGCUAUUGAAAUCACACAGCUCAUGUCAGGAAAGUUUAGAUUUUUUUAAAGAGUGCAGAAAAUUGGCUCUUGUUGAAGUAAACUUGGAGAAAACUAAAGAAACUAAAUUGAUGCUUCAGAGUUAAAACACAGCUGGAGUGAUUGUUAGAAACACUUCAACACCAAUCAAUGACGAGCUGCACUUCAAUGUUAGCAAUCAUUUUUCAGAGUAGGAGGCAUUAUUUUUCUCUCCGUUAUGGAAAUAUAGAAGCACAUUUCUGCCAGAAAAGAAAGGAAAGAAGAAAAGAAUUACACAGAAACUCAAAAUAUCCCAAAAUAAUGACUUUGUAUCACAAGGUUAUGAGAAAACUUUUUUUUUAAAUGACUUACUUUGGAAAAUCCUGAGAAACUUUCUUAAAAUAAUGACAAAUAUUAUCAAAAUACUAAUAUUGAAAAAUAAGGAUAUAAAGUAAUUUUCUUGAAAUAUGACUUAGUAUUGCAACAUUUUUAGAAAUAUCCCAAUAUACUGAUUUAGUUUCAUAAAAUAUCGAGAAACUCUCUCAAAAUUAUGAUAACCAGUCUUAAAAUACUAGUACUGCAAAAAUAUUAAGAAUCUUUCCAAAAAUAAUGACUUUGUGUAAGAAAAUAUUAUGACGAUUCUCAAAUUGAUGGCUGACUUACACAUAAUAUUGAAUAAAAGAGAAUACAACAAUGACUCAUUAUCAGAAAAUUAUGAGAAACCUCAAAAUAAUGACAUUCUCAAAAUACUAGUAUUUCAAAAUAAUAAGAAACUUUCAAAAAUAAUUACUUUGUAUCACAAAAUAUAGACUCUCGCCUCCCUACAUUAUGACGUAGUAUUGCAAAAUAUUGAGAAACUUUCUGAAAAUUACCACUUACAAUGUGACGUUUCUCGUUAUUUUGCAACAAUUUUGUGCAGGUUGAGUUAUUUUGAGGCACAGUGUUAUUAUUUCAAGAUCAGUAAGUCAUUAUUCCGAGGAAGAUUCUCUUAACCCUUUAUCAGGCGAAGAACUAUAUUUGGUAACUUCAGUGGAUAUCAAAAUGGGGUCGAGAAAAAUUUUUGCAAAUUUACUAGAUUAAAGUGGCAAAUCUACAAGAAAAAGUUGUAGAUUUAAGAGAUUUAAAGUGGCAAAUUUGUGCAAAAAAAGUCACAGAUUUACGAGAUUUAAAGUGGCAAAUCUACAAGAAAAAGUUGUAGAUUUAAGAGAUUUAAAGUGGCAAAUUUGUGCAAAAAAAGUCGCAGAUUUACGAGAUUUAAAGUGGCAAAUCUACAAGAAAAAGUUGUAGAUUUAAGAGAUUUAAAGUGGCAAAUUUGUGCAAAAAAAGUCGCAGAUUUACGAGAUUUAAAGUGGCAAAUCUACAAGAAAAAGUUGUAGAUUUAAGAGAUUUAAAGUGGCAAAUUUGUGCGAAAAAAGUCGCAGAUUUACGAGAUUUAAAGUGGCAAAUCUACAAGAAAAAAGUCGCAGAUUUAAGAGAUUAAAAGUGGCAAAUUUGUGCGAAAAAAGUCACAGAUUUACGAGAUUUAAAGUUGCUUUUUUCGCGCAGAUUUGCCACUUUAAAUCUCUUAAAUCAGCGACUUUUUCUUGUAGAUUUGCCACUUUAACCGAGUAAAUUUGCAACUUUUUUCUUGAAAUAUUCUUAUUUUGGAUAUCCGCUGAAGUUACCAAAUACGGUUCUUCGCCUGAUAAAGGGUUAAUAAUGACCUACCGGUCUUUUUUUUGCAUCACGUUGGCAGAAAUGAGCUUCUAUAAAAAUCAUAUUUUGGAGGUCGAUGAAGAGAAGAAAACCAAUCAGCACAUGAUGGAAUCUGGAAGAGUUUUCUGUCGGUGCGUCUUCUGUGUGCAGCUCUGAACGCCCACUGAGAGAACCAUGCUGUCCCAAAGACUGGUGUGUGUGUGUGUGUGUGUGUGUGUGUUUGUGUGUGUGUGUGUGUGUGUGUGUGUGUGUGUGUGUGUGUGUGUGUGUAGUUCUCUGUUGUGCCUUAAUGGAGUCAUAGUGUUCUUGUCAUAUUUCUCUCAAGUGCCUGUGUGAUGUGACCCGCCUGCACUGGAGGUGAGAGGUCAGACGUUUUAUCAUCAGUACUCAUCUAUGUGCAUCACGGGGACCGGCCAAACAAACAGCCCGCGUGUCCUUUUUAAGCGCCCCCCCCCCCUCCCUGUGUUACCUGAGUUACGUCCUCAGUAUAAACUUGACUCAGGUGAAGCCAGGUGUGUGAUAUAAAACAGAGCUCAGACUGUUGGGUUGAUCAAACUGCUUAUGUCCAGUGAAGCCAAGUCCCAGUAUGUGUGUGUGUGUGUGUGUGUGUGUUCUUGUACUUCCUACAUAGUGAGGACCAGGACACGUUUUUAACCAACAGAGUGAGGACAUUUUUGCAAAGUGAGGACAUUUCGGCCGGUCCUCACUUCUUUAAAGGCUUUUUCUAGAUUCCAGACUUUGUUUUAAGGGUUAAAGGUUACAUGAUAAUGAUAAUUAACUGAAACUGUAUUGUGUGGUUACAAAACUAACUAAAAUUAUAGUGAAAAUGUCUUUCGUUUUCGUCUUUGUCAACUUUUUUCAUACAUAAUGAAGAUGGAUCAGACAAAGGAAAUAAAGGCAAAAUUUACUGAGACCUCUUUUAAUCUCCCACCCAACAAAUACCCCAUUACAAAGAACUAAAACUAAUAAAAACUAAACUAAAGCAUUUAAAAAAA